AUGGACAUUAAUAACACCAGAGACAAAAGGGACAUCACAGGCGUAACCUCUUCAUACAUACUAGUUCCAUCUUCGAAAAUCACACUAGCACUUAUUGAUGCACCAUUUUCCUGUAAUGUACUUGUAAAAUCUGCACCAUCAUCACUGACUGAAGCAACACCAGCUUCUAUUGCUCCUGAAAAAGUUACUAAUAUUUUAAGAGAAAAUGAGUACACUCAAGAGUUCAAUUUUCCUAGUUCUGUGAAGUCAUAUGAUUCAAACCAGCUUGCUUCAAAUAAUCCAAUUGAAGAUGCAAGAACAGAAGCAAGAGGGCUAUUGACAACUGGUAUCCUGUUAGGUGUGUUUGAUGGCCAUGGUGGUGCAGCAUGUGCACAAGUCACUGCCAAGAGACUCUUUGAUUACAUCACUGUGUGUAUGCUUCCUCCUGAUUUACUUAAUAAAUAUUUAGAGUCAUUGGAAACUAAUCAAUCAUUAAAGCUCUUAGAAAUGUAUAAUGAUAAAAUAGAUUUAUUAGCUGAUCUUAAAGAAAAAUAUUUAGAGACUUUCAAGAAGUUUGUUAAAGAAUUGUCAGAAAUGAAGAGUAACUCUUUAGACUUUCAAAUGAAAGAGGUAAUGGAAAAAGCUUUUUUGAGAUUGGACCAGGACCUUUCUCUAGAGGCGUUAGAAAAAACAGAUGGUAAAAUUGAUAUUAAGACACUUUCUGUUGCUAUGUCUGGAGCAGUGGCCUGUGUAGCACACAUAGAUGGUCCACAUUUGCAUGUUGCAAGUGUCGGUGACUGUCAGUGUGUUCUUGGGGUGCUUAGUGAUGUCAAUACUUGGACAGCCAAAAAAUUAACAAAAGAGCAUAAUACUGAAAAUGUGUCAGAAGUGAAUCGAAUUUUGCGUGAACAUCCUCUCAAUGAACGUGAAACUGUAAUUAAAUCUGAUAGGUUGCUUGGACAAUUGGCACCCUUACGAGCAUUGGGUGAUUUCCGUUAUAAGUGGAGCAAAGAAAUUAUGAAUCAAGUAGUAAAGCCUGUUUUCGGUGAAAACGCUAUUGCACCAAAUUAUUACACACCACCAUACCUUACUGCCUGCCCUGAUGUAGUUCAUCACAGACUAACUCCUAGGGACAAAUUUUUAAUCAUUGCAUCAGAUGGUUUGUGGGAUUUAGUGUCACCUUUACAAGUUGUCCGUCUUGUUGGAGAGCACAUGAGUGGCAAAGUUACUUUGAAUCCUUUUCGCCUCCCUAGAAACAAUAUGACUCUUUCUGAGAUUAACACUAUGUUAUUGCAAAGAAAAGAAGGUCUUAAGAGAAAGCCAAUUGAUACAAAUGCAGCUACACAUUUAAUCAGGAAUGCUCUAGGGGGUACAGAGUAUGGUCUGGAUCAUGGCAAACUUUCACAAUUGUUGUCGAUGCCAGAUGAAGUAGUAAGAUUAUUUAGAGAUGACAUUACAGUAACUGUUAUUUAUUUUGAUUCUGAAUAUUUAAGGCAUUGUCCUGUAUAAAAAAAAUGUAUAUAUUGUAAUAAUGAUAUAGUUGUGAAAUUUCUGUAUACAUAAUAGCAUGUAUAUUUAUAUUUAUUCGUAGGAAAAAUAUUAUAAAAUGACUGUGAAUGGCCCAAUAUGAGUGACCUGUAUGAGUAACGAGUAUUCCCAUUUACCUUUUAUUUCUAGAUCAUUGGAGAUGUUUCCUAUAUUUCAAUGUGGUCAUAAAGGGAAUAAUAUGAAAUCCAGGUCUCUCUGGGAACUAGUGUUCACUCUUGUCAUAUGGAAUGUUUUUUUUUGUGGCCUGUAAUAGAAGCAAGAUGAGUUUAUUUUGUCAGUUAGUUUGUUUAAUAGAAUUUUAAAUAAAAGAAUGUUGACAUUUCAUCGCUUGAGGUCUCUUGGAAUAUUUAUACACAGAAAGAUAAAUUUUUUAAAGUCCUAUUUAUUUUUUUUAUCUCAGAUUAUAUGGUUUUCUCUUGUACGAUUCUAUUUUGUUUUCUCAGAGAUUGCAAUUGUAUAGAUUGAAAAAUUGUAGUAAAAUCUUGUAGAUGUGAAAAAUAUGAAAAGUAUAUCCAAUUUAUAUACAAGAACUUACAAUUUUUCUGAUAUAAAUAAUCUCGUUUGGUUUUCAGCUGUCAAUUGGGUUCUGUUUUGAGUUUAGGCUCUCCUGAAAUGCAAUGCUCAAAUUGACCUGUAGUUGCUCACAAACAUUGAAAUAGUAUUAUGUUCAUAAAAAUGAAACAGGUAGCUAUUUGUUAUUAUGAUAAUCAUAUAUGUGGAAUUGGGUUCUAAAAUUCAACACAAUUCAAAAUGCAUAAAUUUAUUAGGUUGCAAGUUAUUUGUGUGUGAACAAGUUGGCAUAUUAUCAGAAUUAGAUGUGAUUUUUUUUUUCAAUUAGUGAUAUGCACAAGUAGUGUUCACUCCUCUUCAUAUUGUAUUUGUAGAACAGUAAUUUGACUCAGUAUAUUGACCUAUUGUGUUCCAUCAGUAGAUGUUCUUUUUUAUUGAAUUCUUGAUGGAAAAAAGUUAUUAAAAUUUUACUAUAGUUGUGUUGCAAGUAAUUAGAAGCCUUCAAGACAUCAUAGUAUGACCUAUCCAUUCAAUAAUGAUUGUGAAACACUCAUUGCAUUCCAUGUACAAAUAAAUAAUGAGUUCUUUCAUGUGGUUUGGACUGUAUGUAAUUCAUAAUGUUAAACAUGAUGUGGAAAUUAAUAGGUAUCUUAUGUCAUCGCUAUUAUCUUUACAUUGUGUUACACAGUGGAAAGUAAAGGCUGUGAUGUUCAUAAAACUUAUACAAAGCAAAAAUUUCUUCAUUCUUACGGGAUCCAAUUACUAUUACAAGUGAGUGCUCAAGCAAAUUGUUAGGUACAUUGGCUACAGAGAAUAUUAAAAACUAUUCAGGGCUCAGAAGGUAUCUAUACAAAUAUUACAACUCUCUUGUCUCAAUGCAAUCUUUAUCACCCAAAUAUAAUUAAAAAUAAACUGUAAAAUCAUGGGGAAUCCUUAUGAUAAUAAGUAACACAAGGCUUGUUCAUGGGGCUUGACCAAAGGAAUGUUGUUCUAAUCAAUUGUUUGACAAGAUUUCAGAUAAUUUAUUUCCAUCCUCAAGGUUGUACAUGAAUAAGGUCAAACAAAUACAUGUUAAUUAAGCAAAUUUUACACAAAAUUACUAUUUGCCUCACAACAAUUAGAACAUGAAUGAAUAAUAAUAAAUAUAGAAUAACUUACUACAUAAAACUGGAGCAAAAUAUUCAUAGUGUUAGGUAACCUCAUAUGAUGUGUGACCAACCCAAGAAAAUAGACGUGUUCCUAUGAACCCUAUUUCACAUGUGGUUACUUACCAGCAUUAAUAUUUAUGUUUCUUUUAUUGUAAUGUAUCGUGCAUAAAUUGUGUAGCAGACAGUAAUUUUGUGUAAAUUUAACUUAAUCAGCAUGUAUUUGUUUGAUCUUAAUCAUGCACUGCCUUGAAGAUGGAAGAAUUUUUUCUGAAAUGUUGAUAAAAAAAUUAAUUAGAAUUACAUUUGUGACUGAGCCCCAUGCACCAGCCUUGGCUGUAGUCAGUAAUAUCAACAUGUGGGAUGUGCUAACAGAUUGCAUCUGUAUUUGUGAAAUUUAUUUAUUAUUCUUUUGGAAUUAAAAUAAUAUAAUUUUGUCUUGUGUGGUCAAAUUUAAACCAGAAUGUACAUUAUUUUAAUGUGACUUUCUUGAUUCUGACAAUAAAUGCACUUAAAAAUUUUAG